AUGUCCGUGCUCUGCGGUCCGCCCCAGGGGUGGGCUCGGGAGGGGACGGGAGGGGACGGUGGGGGGGUGGUUGGCGGGGAAGGAGGGAGGGGCAAUCCCCUCCCGUUAUCCCGCGCGUCCACUGUCCCUCUUCCCCGGGGAAACGCACGCCGGACACCGGAGACACAAGACAGAAGCGGCGGACACCACACCACAGAGCUGAUGGCCCUUGCCCUGCAGAGCCGAGCUGUGUGGGCCCUGACCCUGCUCUCCGGCCUGUCCCUUCUCUCCUCUGCGUCAGACUGUGGGCAGGACUGUGCCCGCUGUGUGUACGGGCUCCUGGGACAGCACACCUCUCUGCCCCCACUGGCCUGUUCCCUUGAGUGUGGCGGCCCCAUAGACUCUCAGACGCUGCGUUCGUGUCAGGACUCUCUGGAGAGUGAGAGCCAGCUGCCUCUGGAGGACAGCCCCCCAGAGCUGGACGAGACCGCAGAAGUGACCAUCAAGGAGGACGAAGACACCCCCGAGCACUUCCUGGCCAAGAAGUAUGGCGGCUUCAUGAAACGCUACGGAGGCUUCAUGGCUCGCCGUUCCUCCGUUCAGCCAGAGGGGGGGCUAGAGGAGACCGCCAACACCGACGGCCAGGAAAACAUCCGCAACGAAAUUCUGAAGAUCUUGAGCGCAGCCACAGCGCACGGAGAGAGCGGCGCGGAGGCUGUCAAGAGGUACGGCGGUUUCAUGCGGCGAGGAGGGGCCCAGAGCGAGGCGCUGGAGGCCAUGUUGGGGCGGGGGCUGGAGAAGCGCUAUGGCGGCUUCAUGAGGCGCGUGGGCCGGCCCGAGUGGCUCCAGGACAGCGGCCGGAGCGGAGGUGUGUUGAAGCGGGCCUGGGAGAGCAGCCCUCUACACAAGCGCUACGGUGGAUUCAUGGACUAG